GAGGUGCCAUAACCAUAUCCAUAUAAAACAGCUGAUUCAACCAAAUUUACGGGGAACAAUGUUUCCAGUUAGAGGUGCGUUACCAUAACAUCAUGCCCAUAACCAUAACCAUAGAUAUCAAAUGAAUUUUGAUUUUCGCUGUAACCAUAAAAAGCUGUUUGUUGAUUUUUUGACUUUUCAUUUGACAUUUCGUUUGCAUUUUGUUUUGUUCGCCUCAUAAUUUUGUAUUUAUAAGGAUCGGAUUGUUUGACAUAAUGCGAUUUUUAAACAGCAAUCAAAUAAUAAUCUAUUAAUAAAAAUGGAUGAUAUUAAAUUAAUAGAAUGUGUGCGGAAUUCGCCAUGCCUAUAUGACAAGAGUCAUGCCGAUUUCAAAAAUCAAGAGAAAAAAAGGCGCUCUUGGAAGGAAGUCGCCGAUAAUUUGGAAGUUGAUGAAAGUGUUGUUAUGAAGCGUUGGGGCAACUUGAGAGAACGCUUCUCAAAAGAAAUUAGAAUCUCACAAAAUGCUUCAGGAAGUGGUGCAUUCGUAGGAAGGCAGUGGGCGCUAUUUGAAAGUUUGCAAAUUUUAAGAAGUCACAUUAUUCCUCGUCCAAUGCGACAAAGUGCGCCAAUAUUGAAACGCAGCGACGAGAAUUAUGACUUUAUAAACAUUUCGUCCGAAUCACAAGAUCUCUCGCCGUCACCUCCAAUUUCCCCUGGGCAGUUAAUUUCGUCCGACCAAUCAACAAUAAUUCUGUCCGAUCAAACAACAGCAAUUCCGUCCGAUCAGUCAAUUCCGUCAAAUCAGCCAUCAGCAAAUCCGUCAUCAAUAUCGCGACCACGAAAACGAAGAGGCAGACAGCUUGACGAGGUGGACACUGCCAUCCUCGGAACAGUGAAAACUUUCCAGGAGGUAUGUGAACGUAGAGCGCGUCGAGAAGAGUUUAAUGUGGAGAUAAGCGGUUUUGGGCGAAUGAUAUGCUCUUCGAUUUCAAAAAUGAAAAAAUCAAGGCAAGCAUUGGUGAUGCGUCAAUGUACUGACAUUGUAAUGCAAGCGCAAAUUGAUGAAGAAGAAGAAAGCUUUGUGUAUUUGAACUAG